AUGGGUCCGGCGACCAACGACGCCCGCCUGUUCCAGUCUGGGUCCGGCCAGUGGGAGGUCUUCAAGAACUUGCACGUCCGCGGCGCCGACGGCGGCCGUGCCCUACGCUGUUGGUCGACGGACGCGGUGGUGCCGUACGGAUGCCGGUACAUGAUCUGGAUGGAUUACUACGGUGGGAUGAUUCUCAUGGACAUGUCCUCGCAGUUGCAGUCGUCAUCGUCGUCCAAGAACCCGCCGAAGCUUCGGUACGUGCCACUUCCAGUGGACAGGGUUGGGGACCCCGAGGACAUCGAAUUCGGCGCCCGAGGCUGCCCUAAAGCUUCCCGCCGCGUGUGCGUCACGCGCCACGGCGUCAAGUUCGUCAGCGUCGACAGCCAGCACUGGAGCAACUUUGGAGUUGGGCACCGGCACGUGCUGACGUGGAGCCACAGGUUCCGAAUCACCACCCGGUCGCUGCGCGAACACGACGACUACACGUGGAGGAAAGACUUGACGAUGCACGAGGAAGAGUUCUGGGACGCCCUCGAUCGUGCAGACCACCGUUUCCGUUUCCCACACGCCCAGCCAGAGUUCCCCGUCGUCGACAUGGAGAAUCCUGACGUCGUCGUCUUCCGACUAGAGAAGGAUGACUUCUAUCGCGGCGGCGAGCCGAAAUGGAUGAUCGAGGUCGACUUGAGGAAGAAGGUUCUGUGGGCAGCCACUGCUUACUCCAAGAAGGAAAGUGAUGGCUUAUCAGGUGACGCGGACGCCAUCAACUCUGCUAGAGUAUCUCGUUAUGAUCCCAUCCCCAGUGAGUUGCCACGUUACUUGGAUGGUGGGCAAGCCUGCAAGAGGAGGCAAUGA